AAUAUUGGUUGACAUACAGAUAUGUCUCAUAUUAUACUGUUGAAUAACAAGCCUUAUGUGUAUGCUUGGGAGCUUCUAAUGAUUAAAUAAACCAAGUUAUAACCAUGACCGCAAUUUUAGAAAGACGCGAAAGCGCAAGCCUAUGGAAUCGUUUUUGCGAUUGGAUCACUAGCACUGAAAACCGUCUUUACAUUGGAUGGUUCGGUGUCUUAAUGAUUCCUACCCUAUUGACUGCAACCUCUGUAUUCAUUAUCGCUUUCAUUGCAGCUCCUCCAGUAGAUAUUGAUGGUAUUCGUGAACCUGUUUCCGGUUCUCUUCUUUAUGGAAACAAUAUUAUUUCCGGUGCUAUUAUUCCUACCUCUGCAGCCAUUGGUCUGCAUUUCUAUCCCAUCUGGGAAGCAGCUUCUGUUGAUGAAUGGCUAUACAACGGUGGUCCCUAUGAGCUAAUCGUUCUACACUUCCUACUUGGUGUAGCUUGCUAUAUGGGUCGUGAGUGGGAGCUUAGCUUCCGUCUAGGUAUGCGUCCUUGGAUUGCUGUUGCAUAUUCAGCUCCAGUAGCAGCAGCUACUGCUGUUUUAAAUCGAUGCUAUUUGAAUUGA